AUGGCCACAGAAUCAUUGUUGUUGUCUUUGCUGAGUGUUUGUGUGCUGUUCUCAUGUGUCGACAGCCAGUUCUGCCGAGAAGGUUGGCAGUCAUUUGGGGAUUCGUGCUACGGUUUUGGCGAGUCCACCACAGCCUGGGGAGCUGCUGAAGCGAUAUGUAAAGUCUACAACGGCAAACUGGCAGAGAUUGAAACUUUUGAAGAAAACGAAUUCCUUAAGAAUCUGGCUAAGUCAAAACAAGCUGACCGCGUCCUGUUGGGUGGAACAGACAUGUUUAGUGAAGGCAGCUGGGAGUGGUCCAGUGGCGGGAAACACAUCUUUCCGUUCGUGGACUGGGCGCCAGGUCAGCCAGACGACAGUUCAGGAGAGGACUGUCUGACCUUCUCCAGGGACAACAAGUACCAAUGGAACGACUUUCACUGUGAGCAGGCUGCCUACUUCAUCUGUGAGGCUCCACGCCUAGACCCCAUCGUUGGGUGA